GCUGAGAGAAGAGUUUUCAGAUUUUUAUAGCUUUUAGUUCCUUCAAACCACCACAUUCACAGUCACAUGUAGAUUAAACAUUCCCUUGGUUCUGUUUUUUUGGUUAAAAUGAGCUAUCCACUGGUGAUUCUGCUGUGUGUGGGACUACUGCACCAAACCUCCAGCAUUGUCCGCAUGGAUAAACUAGCAGACAACAAGAUAUGUGGAGAUGCCGAAUGCUCAUACGUUCUCUCAGUGGCCACAGCCUUGGAUGACUUUAACGCUCCUGACUGCAGAUUCAUCAACAUUAAGAAGGGUCAGAUGGUUUAUGUGUAUUCUAAACUCGUACCAGAGGAGGGCGCCGGUGUCUUCUGGUCUGGAAGUAUUUAUAGUGAGCGGUAUGUGGACCAGAUGGGUAUCAUUGGAUACUUCCCUGCAACUAUGGUGAAGGAGACGCAGAAGUUUAAGGAAGACACAGUCAAGAUUCCCACAACUGAAAUGGACUUCUACUGUGAUUAAGGCACAAAACAUUGAGGCCUCUUCUUCCCUUCUUCUUGUGCUUGUUUUUGUAAUCCAGGCUAUUAUGCAGAAAAGUGCAGAUUUCCUCCCUGGAGCAGGUGUGUCAGGUCAUGUAACAGUCUGACACGCCUGCUGUUGAGUCAUCUAGUCGUAUCUGUCUUGGUCUGUCUCUCAUUCAGUAACAGACACUUUGCUCAAUAAAUCUCUUUCAUGUCAAUGCAAAAAUGCUGAUUAUUUGAAAUGAUAAGAAUUAUUUUUUAUUGCAACUUUGCUUUUUGAUGCAUUUUUAAAUUCGCUUUGAAAGGUUGAAAAGACCCACUCAUGUUGUACAGUAUUAUGAAUUUCAAUUCGUAACGCUAGUGUAGGUUUUUAUUGCAAUGUCAAGGCCUCUUGACGCUGUUAUCAAGGACAAAGAGUUCUUUUGGAAACUAUCUACAUUUCACACAGU